AUGUCGUCCGCGUCUAGAAGCUCGUGGAUGCCAGGCCGUCGCCCGAACAGCAAUCGGAUCAGCAUGAGACCGCGAGGAGCAUCCAGGGGUAACAUCACCGUUGUCAGCCACGACGAUGCCUACACCUUCGCCCUGCGUAUCGCCUACCUCAACUACCUUCUCCAGCCGAGACAAAAACGGAAACAAUAUGUCGCCGCUCCGAAACCCGCGCAGAGAUCGCACACCAGUGUUACCGAACUGGUUGGCCAAUUCGUCUCGUCGGGCUCCAACAGCAUCAAGCUGCCUCACGGCUUCCAAAAACCCUUGGAAAAGAGACUUAAGAACGUUCUAACAGGCAAGGAACCUAUGCAAGGCUUCAAUGAUUCGGCUCUCAAGCGAAGCUUUGCCGAGGCAUACACCGCAUUCACCGAUAAGAACUUCCAAAAAUCGGUCGAGAAGGAUCGCAAGCUCGAGCCUUAUGUCCUCAUGUUCUACUCGUCUGCCACCAAGGCCAACCAGAAGUACGCCCAGUUGACAUCGGCGACGGAUGAUUCGUGGAAGGAAACAGCCGACAGGCAUAUGGCUAUGUUCAUCAGGCUAGUGGCGCAGACUCUUCGAGACCAAGGGCACGACAGAGACAGGCCCGAGCUGAUGAGCCGGUUGCACACAUUGGAGAACAAACUACUCACUAGGGACCAGAACCUGUCCCUCGAUUCCGCCGGAGAUGGAGGUAGCUACAUCGAGGUCGUUGCCCCCCUGAGCUACGACGUGAAGGACAUGCCGCUGGUUCUUACUGUGGCUCGCAUAUUUGGUCGAUCCAACUCAGAAGUGCAGGCUGAUCUCGAGGCCAACCGCCAAAUUUGGACUGAAGAAAAUGCCAUCAAAGACAUGAAGAAUUACCAACAAAGACUAGCUUCGGAUGCCCCUGGCGCUUUAAGAAGUCAGGACUUCGAUCUCGAGGACGCAUUUCAAGAAUGGAAACGGGCCGAAGCACCCCAUCUUUCUCAAAUCAUUCUUGACAUAUUGACUGUCAAACCCGAGCUGGCCAAGACAUCGACAGCAGGAGCGGAUAAGGGGCUCCCUGGCCGGCCUCAAUCCACCUUCUUCGGGGAGGAGCAGUCGUAUUCUGAAAUCAGCAAAGCAAUCUCCAGCCCUGAUGGUUCCAUUCUGAACUUUGACAGUUCGAUUAAUUUCGGUUCUUUGUCGCUUGACGACUCGAGUCAGGCCUUCGAUGAAGUCGUCUAUACUUUUAUCCCCAACGACGCCAGAGCUUUCUACAAGGCCAUUUUGAAGGACUGCAUGACUUACGACCAGCUGCAUGCUGAUCCGGCGGCGGAAUACACGCCGCUCUCGCAGCAGUCCAAGGAUCUACUUAUGGAGCUAAGCGUCUACUGGCGGCUGCCGCAGUUCUCGAGGCUCAUUGCCUUCAUUGAGGUGGCUGUCAAAAAGUUUCUGGAUGGAGAGAUCCUGGCCGAAGAUCUCGUCGUGGUCAUGGACAAUGCAAAGACCUCGGAAAUGGAGAGGAAGAAACCGCCACACUUGCACCAAUACAACCUCGGUCUGCUCGAGAUCGAUCAAAGCCGUUGGACGAUGCACGACUUUGCCGUGUACCAGCAAACGUUGAACAGUCUCUAUGAUGCUCUGCUGCGAGAUCUCUACAACCUAAUGCUUAACUGUUACGGACCCAAGCCACCAAACAUUGGGUCCGUCAUGACUCUUCUGGAGGAACACGUUCAAUCCGACCCUGCAUUUUCUGCGAAGCCCGAGCAGGUUCAGGAGUUCGCUGCACAUCUCACUGAAGGUCUGCGACGUGCUGCGACCGACGCCUAUAACGCCUUUGUCCAUGAGAAACUACCUAACCAUGCCUCGGAAUGGGAAUUCACUCACGUUGUCGAGCUCGGACGAGCAGUCACCAAGCUUUCGAACAAGAUCCAGAAGCGAUACAAAAACCUUCCGGAGGUCAUGGGUGUUCAAAUCUGGCAGAUCUUGGUGGAAAUCAUGUUUCCCAGCUACGAACGGGACGCCCAGCACAUCAUUGAGCGGACGAUCGCGGUUGCCAAAGAGAAGGAAAUGGAAAUCAACGUGCAGGAUGGCUUCGACCUUUACAAGGAGUUAGUCGAAAUGCGGCGUACUCACCAUGCCGCAUUGCCCGACAAGCCUUUCGAGUUCCAAAUUGAGGAACUACUUGUUGAUUUCGUUUGGCGAUGGGUUCGCAACGCUGAGACUGUCAUGGUGGAAGUGGUUGAUGGUGCCAUCAGUCAGGAUUCAUUCCAAGUCCGCACUGACGACCCCAAUAAAAUACCCACGGAUGCCGAGCGGCACAGCACUUCCGUCGUUGAUAUAUUUUUGAUGUUCCAUCAAACCAUGGAGCAGGUCUACCAGCUAGAGUGGGACAGCGACGUCCACCAUGCUAGGUUCAUGACGGCUCUGGCACGGUCCUACGCAGCUGGCAUCGGACAGUACUGCGAGGAGCUCGAGAAGCGCUUUGCGAAAGAAAUGGACCGGCCCACGGCGCAGGAGGUUGCCGCAAGCAAGACGACCCAAGAAAAAUUCAUGCAGUACGCUCAAUAUGCUCGAGACGCCUGGAACACCAAAGACGCCCCUGAGCCCUUCCAUUUCUAUCCCGAGUCUUUUGUGAAACUCAACAACAUUGAGCACGCCAUGCAAGAACUGGACAAGUUGGAGAAAGCCAUGAACGUCGACGCUUGUGCUGAAGUUUUGCGAAAAGCCGAAGGCCUCGGGAAGCAGCAACCCAGACGUCCUAACAAGUACGUCUUCACGAUCAAGGUAGUAGAGGCCGAGGACCUCAAAGCCUGCGAUCCUGGUGGUUUCAGCGACCCCUACGUGGUUCUUGGAGACGAAUACCAAAAGCGUCUUUAUAAGACACGCAUUGUGUACAGAAACUUGAACCCCCGUUGGGACGAGUCCGUCGACAUCACAGUCUCGAGCCCCCUUAACAUCAUCGCCACCAUCUGGGACUACGACACCUUUGGUGACCAUGACUUUGUCGGCCGUACUUCACUCAAGGUCGAUCCUAUUCACUUCAGUGAUUACCUGCCCCGCGAAUACUGGCUCGACUUGGACACCCAAGGAAGACUUUUGCUUCGUGUGAGCAUGGAAGGCGAGCGAGACGACAUCCAGUUUUACUUCGGAAAGGCGUUCCGACACUUGAAGAGGACAGAGAGAGACAUGGUUCGCAAGAUUACGGAUAAGCUCCGGGAUCAGAUCAGCGCCACGAUCUCUCACGAAACUCUACGAAACUUGGUCAAAGGUGGUGGCAUUGGCUCUCAAGUGGCCGGCCUGUGGAAGAAGAGAGCUUCUACGAUGCCUACUAUCACGACCGCGAGCGACAUCGAAGGUGCACUGCAGCCACUUUUUCACUACUUCGACCAGAACUUCGCUAUUAUGAAGCAAACUCUGACAGACGCUACGAUGCUGGCGGUUAUGACUCGUUUGUGGAAGGAGGUCCUCCAGGCGAUUGAAAGCCUCUUGGUGCCGCCUCUGUCCGAGAAGCCAUCUUCGCAAAGGCCCUUGUCCCAGAAAGAGCUCGACAUUGUCUACCAAUGGCUCAACUCGCUCUUCGAGUUCUUUAACGCCAAGGACGACUCCGGGGAACAGUUGGGUGUGCCGCAAGACGUUCUAAAGUCCCCCAAGUGGCAUGAACUAGCAGCCCUGAACUUCUUCUACUUUGAGCAGACCGACAACCUGAUUCGAGAAUCCGAGCGCAUGGCAGCUGCCAAUGCCCAGCGUGCGACCCAGAUGCUGCUCCAAGAGAAGCACGAAAACCGUCUCUCGGCUCCUGCGACAUUUGGCCCGACUUUCAGCGGCGGACCGGGUGCUUUUGCCAGCAUGGGCACCAUCCGGCGCGGCAAGAGCAUCAUGAUGAGCCGGAACUUGGGCACGAUGAGGAAGGCCAAGGAAGAGAAGCGCAAAGAGGCCCAGGCGGAUCCCAGCGAUGACAUGAUCCUCCGCAUCCUUCGCAUGAGGCCCGAGGCGACCAAUUACCUCCGCGAGCGACACCGUCAAAAGGAGCGUCAGGCCGCCGCCGCGGCUGCUGCUCUGAUUGUCAAGAAUAGCGUCAACCAGGGAUGGAACACGGGGGGUGCGUCAGCAUACCGGGCUAACAACCUGCCCAGACGAUGA